CGAUGCUUGCCAGCUCGACCAUUCUUAAUUAACACAAUGGCAGUAUCGAGCGAUGUCUCAGUUGUAAAAGUAUUCAAUUUCAUCAGUGGAAGUGGCGGAGUUUUAGAACUAUCGAAUUUACUUAAAAAUCCCUCGCCUUUGGCAAAGAAAUCUACUGAGACUGAGCUGAUUUUAUGGUUUCAAACUCAGAAAGAUUUGGACCCAAACAACAGAUUGGUUUUGGUAAGAAAUCAACGUGAUGAAGCUGUCGGCGUGCGAAUCGACUUGGCCAAACAAAUGUGUUUAAAGUACUCCACCGAAGAGUCUUGUAAAUCAGGAAGUAGAUGUAAAUUCUGGCACUUAUGUAGGGAGUUCCUUGAGGGAACUUGUAAAGGAAACUGUGGUCGAUCACAUAAUUUUCACGAUGAAGACAACAAAGCGAAAACGGUGGAAUUGGGUUUUGAAGGAAAAGCGACUGGGCCUUUGAAAACUAUUGUCGCCGGAAGCUUCCUGCAGGUUUGUCUUAUGUAUUCAAAAAAUGGUUGCCUCUCUGUAAAUUGUCCGUAUCUUCAUGUUUGUGUUAAUGCGGUGCGGGCAACAGCCUGUGGAUGUAGUCGGUAUCACGAUUUCACUAGUCCGCACAACAGAAGCUUGCUAAAACAGUAUGGGUUCAGGCCUCCCCGAACGUCAGACAUGGAUGUCGUUCGUUGUAACAUUCUGAUCCCGAAGCAGCAGAAAUCUUUCGAAGGAAGGGCUAUCAAUGAUCCAAGCUUCAGCAGGCAACCCACACCAAGAGUUAAUAAGCCUGAUAAUAUUACACAGAGGCACCCCUCACAUCAGGGUAAACCUGGAGCUGUUAGUCUGGCGGGUUUAUGCCAAAACUUCUCUAAACCUGAACCAAAAGUACCUGCUUGGGCCAAACCAGAAAUGCAUCAUGACACUGCACCUCCUGAUGCUGAUCCUCUGUUUAUGAAAGUUUUUAAUUUCAUAUGUAGUAAAGGAGGGUACUCUUCAUUGCGGGACCUAUUGCAACCACCCUCGCCAUUGGUAGGGAAGUUUUCAAAGUCUGAGGUUGAUGCAAAGAUUUGGCUUCAAGUAAACACUCACCCAGAACAGGGACAGAAAAUCAUUUUGCUAGAGAACCAAAAUGGUGAUAUUCUCGGUGUUCGAGUAAAUUCAAGGAAAAAAUUGUGUUUGCAGUAUAUGAAAGGUUAUUGUAAAUCUCUCAACACUUGUCAGUAUUGGCACAUCUGCAAAGGUUACCUUGAGGAUACUUGUCAGGGAGGCUGUGGUCUCUCACAUGACUUCCAUGAUGAGGGUAACAUAAAGAAGAUACAGAGAUUGGGGAUUGAGCGUUACCCAAAUGGAACUUUAAAGAACAUAAUUUCACACAGUUUUCCCCGAAUUUGUCUCCCAUAUGUGAAUAGUAGAUGCAACUACAGUAAUGACUGCCGACAUUUACAUUUAUGCCCCCUUGCUUUUGGAGGAAACUCGUGCAGUUGUAACUUGACACACGCUUUAAAUGAUGACCAUAAUUCCUCAAUUCUAAAGCAAUAUGAUUUAGAUCCUCAGAGAACCAAAAUAAUCAUAAUGCAGAGCAACAUCUUGUUCCCAAAGAGGCAAAAAGGCCCCACAGAAGCCAAGCUUUCCUCAGCAUGUUCUUCUUUAACAUCACAGCCAGCGCCUUUGAUGUCCUUGCCUGUAGCCCUAAAAGAUGAUAACAAUCUGGAUUCACAAGCGAAAAGGUGUCCAGAUGAGAGGCUAAAGAAGAGGAGAAGGCAACGACGAAGACAGAAGAAAAAGGCAAAUCAAGCAGGUGAACCAUGUGAAGAAUCACUUGCAGAUGACGUUGAAGAGGAAGGUUCAGAUUCAACCUCAGAUAAUGAAGAUUUGCCAGACAAACCUGAUCUUUACUCAGUUUCAAAAUUUUCCAAUCAGCCUAGUCCAAGCACAAAGCAUGUAGACACAUCAGGGAAUACAUCUGUUCAAGGUCUGAGGAAGCAAACACAAUCCAACAGUGGGAUGACUUACCAGAACCAGGUUUCUGGAAUGGGCACAAUUGAAGUUGCUGAAGGAAACUUGAUCAAUUUUUCUGAUGAGUUAGAAGAUGGAUUUCAAGAUCUUGAAGAUACAUUUGGUUCACAGGAUGACUUCUCAACUUUUGAGCCACUUUCUCAAGUUGAUGAUUUGCUCUUCAACCUGUCCCCAACAAACGUUGCAGGAGCACUGUCUCAGGACAGUACCUCUUUUGACCCAUCUGAACAGCACAGUGCAGAAAGCCAAUUGGAAAAAGAAGCUGUAAACUCUGUUUUUCAAUACAUUUGUAAAGAACACAAUGGUGAAGUGCCUUUUGCUGUAAUAUCCCAAUGCCACAACCUGUUUCCUCUAGAUGCUAUUGAUAUUGCUGCAUGGUUCAGGGAAAACUCAAGCAGGUUUAUGAUCAUUGAGAACAGUGAAGGGGGAAUUGAAUCAGUAAGAGCAUGCACCCCUAAAGCACGCAUCUGUUUUCGCUACUUGAUGGGCAAGAAUGGCUGUAAGGAUCCAAAGUGUUUCCGUUACCAUGUCUGCAAGCAUUAUCUUGCUAAUGGUGCCUGUCCGUUAGGGAAGAAAUGUAGAUACAGCCAUAGCCAUAAUCUGAAGAGCCCUCACAACAAAAACAUCACUAAAAGGCGGAAACUUGACUGUUUCUCAGAUGAGCAGCUACGUGUCCUGAUUUCUGCCUCUGUUCCUGAAGUUUGUCUUGAUUACAACAAGAAAUCUUCUAGAUGCAGGAGAGGUCUACGUUGCUAUGCAAUUCAUGUCUGCAAGCAUUAUGUAAUGGGCAAUUGCAAAAAUGGAGCCAACUGCCCUCUUAACCAUGAGGCAAGUCUCAAAGAACCCCAUACCCGGUUAGUUCUAGAGAAGUACAAUUUGACCACUGUUCCAGUGCAAGCUGUCUUUAGAGCCAUUCUGGUGCGUGGACAGAGGAAACCAUUGACCAUGGAAACCAAAGAGGAACAAGAAGCUGCUGCACAACCUCAAAAGAAACAAGUGAUGAAUCCAAAGACAGAGGUGCAAAACUUCCAUAGCCCCCAGUACAUCUGCCUGGAAUUCCUAUUGGGUCAUUGUGGCAAGGCUCAAUUGUGUGAGUACUUUCAUCACAACAUGCCAUACAUGUGGCAGUAUAGAUACCUUGACAAUGAGCAAGCAGAUGGAUGGAAGGCAUUCACCGAAAAUGAGAGUGAAGACAUUGAGAGACAGUUCUGCACUGUUGAUGUUACAGAGACAGAAAUUGGACACAUUCAAGUUGCACCUCCUCCAACUGCACUUAUUGAUCCUGGAGAAGGUUACAUCAAGAUCAACUUUGAUGAAAUGAAAGCUGUGACAGGAUUUGGAUCUGUGGAGCUGAGACGUCUGUCCACUAAGUCAGUGAGCUCGCUUACAGAUCAUUCUCUAUUGACUACAUGGGUUUGGUACCUGUCAGAUCAGGACAGCAGUUGGACUGAGUAUGAUUCUGAGCUUAUGAAGCGAAUAGAAGAGUCGUUCACCAAAGGAAGAUCAUUCCAUAAAUUUAAAAGAGGAGGAGAGGACCACAAGUUGUUUUUUCACAAAACAUCCAUGUACCAGCAGAACUCGAAACCACCCAUUAAAGUUACAAAAGUGAGAAGAAGGCCUUUGUUUAGGUCUAAGUCGGAAAUAGAGAGGCUGCAGAGUCCCCUUGAACUACCAAUCCCAUUGCAACCCGCAACACCAGGGCAGUCUACCUCAACUUCAUCACAUGGUCACAAUCCUCCUCACUGGGAACGUGUUCCUGAAGACCGAGAGUUCAUGCGUGUUCCUCUGACUAGCAACUCAGAUGAAUUCAAACUUGCCGAAAGCCUGUUUCGCCAAACCAUGUCCGAAAACAAGGCAACUAUCAUCUCCGUUGAGCGAGUUCAAAAUCCGUUUUUGUGGAAGAAGUAUGCAGAUAAGAAAGAAUGGAUGGAGAAGAAGGCCUUGGUCAAAGACAAUCCUAUGAAUGAAAAACUUCUCUUCCACGGAGUUGAUCCCCAAGUUGUAGACACGAUAUGUGAGGAGAACAUCGACUGUCGUGCUCUAGAAGAGGACCGAGCUGCCCAGUUCGGUAAAGGAGCCUACUUCACAGAGGAGGCAGCCUUGAGUAAUCUCUACUGCAGGCAAGACUCCGAGUCCUUCCGGUACAUGUUUUUGUGCGAGGUUCUUGUGGGGUCAUAUGCCAAAGGUGAGCCAACCUUACCACGACCACCGUUAAGGAGUGACUCCGAAGCCAAGAAACAGCGUUAUGACUCUUGUGUGGAUAACGUCACCAAGCCCGCCAUUUUUGUGCUGUUUGCCUCGGAUCAGUAUUACCCGACUUUCUUGAUAAAGUUCAAGACCAAAUCUAAGGUGGUCUGUUGAUCAUUGAGGUACAUAUACUGUUUACAGACCUCAUAACAUACUCACGUUUAGAUUAUAAAUUUUCAUUCUAAGGCUUGAGAAGCUUUGAAUGCUUAAACGAAGUGAGCGCAUUUCUUUGGUCAGCGUUUAAAAUGGAGUUGAAUUUUAAAAUGAAAGUAAAAAACGUAUACAUGUAUCUUCCUUUCCCGUUUCGGUGAGCUCGAAAGCAGCGAAUAUGAUUUUUCGAUUGAAAAUAAUCAAUCUACAUACAGAAACAUUCGAAAUAAGGAAGAAAGAAGCCAAGGUGGUAUUAAACUGACUUGAAAUUGGUUCGAUAUUUCAUUUUAUGUCAUGACCAUUGAAAGCAGCGCUCUUUGGGUUUUAUGACAAGAGUAUGAGGUGAUUUGAAAGGGUUUGUUAUCUGAAAUACAGUUCUUAAGCCCUUGCAGAAUUCUCUUUUCAUUGAAGACUCAUUAUUGCUACAAGAGAUGCACAGGAAUCUUUUUCCCCUGAAAUUCUAUCCUCCUGAAUAACCAGUCUCAUACUCAUGUGGUAUAAAUUAGCUUUUAAUUUCCUGUAGCAGUAAAAUGAACGGUAAUAUUUCCUUUGGGACGUGUUCCUUAUGGGAUGUCAAACCGCACCCCUAGUUAACACCACAAAAGGGACAACUAUGUUUAUGGGAUAUUUCAGUGUCUGUUGAAUGAAGGUCCCAUUGCAUUUUUUCUUGUGUGGUAGUAAUAUAAAAUGUAACUAAGAGAGGUAUUAUGUGGUCUGAGGCCACUGAUAAGUUAAUUUAUCUCUUCGGUCGAUGAAACUAUUCACCAUAAAACGUCCUCCGUAUGUGCGUAUAGCAGAUACUGACGUCAUUCUGACGUUAAACUCAACUAUCAGGAUCAUCUUCGACUGACAAUUUAAUCGCUUUUCGUCAUAGAAGCAGGUCUCAGAAAAAAAAAAAAAAAAAAAAAAGAAUAAACGGUUUUGUUAAAAAUAUCGCUCGUUCCAGCACAAGAAACGCGAUAAUUUUAUGCUGCAGUUUAUUUCACGUGUACGUUGGUCGGUCGACUGAGCCACUUUUUCGGAAGGUGCGAAGUGAUUUGCGAGUACUCACGUACUUCCCGACUUCACAACGGAAACUGCAUACCCCUUGCUAUUACGACUCACGAAGGCUCUGAAAUUAUGUGGCCUACCUGAAAUUAUGUGGCCUACUGUAACGUGCAACUGUCACAAAGUACUGAGUUGUGUUUUGAUAGUUAUUGUCUCUUGUUACGAAGGUACUUCAGGUACCAAUGCAAGUUUCGGACUUGAGCACUUUUGUUUUGCUCCAAAGGGUUUUUUACUCUUAUAAGCUGGUCUAUAAAAGGCUUAUUUCACAAUAGUAAGUCAUCUUAAAGCCAUGCACGGCUUACUUGUGAAGAGGGCAAAACUUUUUCUUCCGUUUUUUGUGACCAAGUGGAAGUUUACCCAUGAAACUCCGUAAAAUUGUAGCCCACGAUCUUAUGGUUCACCCAAAAUGAAUCUUGCGCCUGUCAACAAUUUUUUUGAAUGACGUUAGUGUUCAUGAUAAGGUGAUUUGAUCUCCCUGGUUAGAUCAGCUAACUCUGCUACAUUUUGAACAGCAAUUUAUGGUAGUCUUGAAAUACCAUUUUAAAUGCGCCAUUUCAAGUUGACCCGUAAUGCUGCGUGAGAUUUUUCAAGCAUUCCAAUCAUGUAAACAUACCUAAGGGGAAAAAUGACGUGACCUAGAAAUUUCCCAAAAGAAUUAGGUAGAAAAGAACUGGACAAUUAGAUUCAUGUUUAUGCCAUAAAUGACGAAAAAUUGUGUCAUAAAACUGAAUGUAUUACAUCAAUUCUUUAGUUUCGAGGGAAGUGUAGUCUUUGGUUGCUUGCUUUAGUGCGGAAUGUUUAUGCACGGUAGACCAUAAAGUGUAGUUGGGUGUUGUCUCAUGCAAACCAUGCUUAGAAAUAGGUCCGUCUCCCCCAAAAAUGGCUCAGCACAGUCAUUGUGACCCUGCGAAGUUGUGUAGAAAUACUCAGGAGAUGACAGUAACAUUCGGGUUGUCUUAUUUUACUAAAACUUAGUUUUAGUGAAUUAGUUCAGUUCCAAGUCGAUUGUUUGUCCAAUUCGGAAGAAACUGCCUUUUUUUCUCUGAAUUUAAAAUAAUAUAUGGCGCAGUCCUUAACUGUUUUACUCCCAAGAUCUCAUCAGUAAUUCUGGUCACGGAAAGAUGUGCGACGCUUACUUGUUGGCGUGCGGUGUAAGGCGUUAGUUGAUUUGCGCUUCUUUAUCCAUUGCUUAAAUCACUACUUUUUUCCUUUACUUUUACUCCUAAGCGCCAAUUUUAUAUGUAUAUUUACUCUUUAUCGUUAACGUAUCAAUAUAUAUAUUUUUUCACAUUGAUUGCUAAUGUUUUCGCAGUCUAGUACCUUUGAUUCGGUAAGGUGAAUUGCUAAAUCAGUGAAGGAAACAAUGUCUUGUUCAGCUCAUCCUUUGGUGACCUUAAUUUCCUGGCUAUACCACCUAGUGUAUUUUACCCUUGAGAAAUCGUACUGUUUCUUGUGGAAGAGAUCUUGUUCGCGUCAACGGCUGCGAUGAACUGAACACGACAGUUGUAUCCAGAAAAACAUCAUGUUAUUUGGAAGUUAUAGAACUUGUAAACUGUAAGUUAAAACUAUGGAAUUAAACGGUUGUUGAACU